AUUUGUUAUUUAUAUAUUUGUCAACUUUCGCAAUACUUAAUUUUUUCAUUAAUAUUUUAACAAAAAGUGAUCUUCCAGUGAUAUAGUUUACUCAUUUAACUCGACAAGAGUAACAUACAGUCGUUUUAAAGGUAAAAAUAUUUUUGGAUGAUUGGGUGAAUGGGACACCAUGUCUCCAAAGAUAAAAAAAGGUCAUCGAAUAACCUGACGACACCAAAAGGAAAAAAGUCCGCCAAAAAACCAGGUGGUUUGUCAUCCUCUUCAAAGGGGGCAGGUCAGCCCAAAGGUGCUACUCAAACAUCAAAGACGGAAUCAUCCAAAAAGAAAAUGCCUUUCUUAAGAUUUCAAAGUUCACAAGCCAAGAAACGCUAUCAGGAUCAAAUGUUUGAGGCUGAAAAUAAUCCUGAACCAAAUAUUGAUGUUUCUAAUUGUGAACUUGAUGAGAUACCAGAUGAUUUAUAUUCAGCAUGUAACUACUUACAGAAAGAGGCCUUAUUAUUGAAUAACAACUGGUUAUCUGGAAUAGACAAACCAGAGAGAUUAAAUGAUUUUAGAACACUCAGGGUAUUGGAUUUACACUACAAUGAAAUCAAAAAUUUGCCUGAGAAUAUCCAUCAGCUUGAAAAUUUACAGGUAUUGAAUUUAGAAAACAACAAAUUAUCAAAGCUACCAUCAUCUAUUGGUAAAUUACGACAUCUACAAACACUCAAUAUUAAAUCCAAUAGAUUACACAGCUUUCCUGAAGAGAUAUGCAAUUUGAAGAGUUUACGGACGCUGGAUAUUUCUGGAAAUAAGAUAGUGAGAUUGUCUAAACAGUUCUACAAAGUCAGGACUUUAGAGACAUUAAUAUUAGAUCCAGAACAGAUGCACUACCCACCUAGUGAUGAAUGCUGUAAAGGUACAGAAGCUAUUAUGAUAUUUAUUUGCUCAGAUAACCAAAUAGAGUAUCUUCCUCCAUCUAAUUUCCUGUUGGACGUGUUAGAUAUUCCUACAUCCCCAAGUAAAGUCAGCCAAUCGUUAGCUAAACAUCUAAGAGACGAAGAAAGUUUACAGAAAUCUGUAGAUGAUUACAAUACACAGAUGGAUAGAAAAAGACAACAAUUUGCUAAUAUAGAAAGAAAAAUGCAACAGGAAGAGAACGAACAGGCAGAGAUUGCAGUCAAGAUGAAUAUCAAUAGGAACAAAUAUCUGGAUGAAGUGGUUCAGGAUAGUGACAAGAUGGACAAAGAAUUAGAAGAAAUUUCUCAUAGAAAGGAUGACGAAAGAAGAAAAUUAUUACUAGAAUUAGAAAAGAUCGAGAAUGGAGUUAAUCGACUGAUAGAAGAUAUGAUGGUUGAGAACAAAAGAGUUAAACAAGUUGAACAAUGGAUUGAUGAGUUAGAAGAGAAGAGAAUGAAAGAUGAUGAUUGGUGUAGUGUACAGUACGAAGAGUAUCAGAAAUUACGGAAGCAAGAAAUUUUAGAAAACAUGCAGAAUCUUUUAAAUGAUAUAAAUGCACAAGAAACGCUGAGACUGCAGAAUUUAGGACAAAAGGAUGAAACAAUGAAGCUAGCAUUACACAGUGAAGAAGUAGCUUCUUAUCAACAAGUAGAAGAUGUAUUAUUGAACAAAGAAAUAGGACACACAAUAGUUACAGAUUUAUAUAUACAACAGGAAAAAGCCCAGAGAGAUGCCUUUGAGGUAUUACAAUUACAAAAAGAUGCUAGAAUCCAGAGAAUAACUGAACAGAUAGCUAUGAUUGAAGAAGAGCUGUAUAACCUUACUCUGGUUGAAUUAGAGAAAAGACAGAUGAAGGCCACCUUAGAAGCUAGUUUAUUAGAAGAAAAGAGACACUCACUAAUCAAUAUGUUGGAACAACUAAUGGAAGAACAAGAAAAUAGAAGAAUGGAAUUGAAGAAAAGAUUGAUUGAAAUGGAACAACAAAAAGAUGACGAUGAAACAGAUUACUGGUUGGUGCAAUAUCAAAGAUUGUUAGACAGUAAACCACAGGCUGUUAUUGACAGGGAAAGGCAGCUAGCAACAGAUGUAGUGACUAUAUUAGAGGAUUCCAGGGCAGGAGAAUAUAUUCCUGUCUUUACACGACAUAGAAUGACUCCAGAAACUAUUCUUGAUAUAACUGAUGAUGAGCUUAAACAGAUUGGAGUUCAUGAACUUGGUUUAAGAAAAGCUAUUUUGAAGAAUAUAAGCAAAUACAGAGCUCAACGAAAAUUGGGUAAUGGAAAAGAAAGUGCAGCUAAUCUAAUAAACAAAGAAAAGGAAGCCAUGAUGGCUGAACAGGGAGAGCACCCUCAACCAACAGCUCCACCUACACGUACAGAUGAGACAGCUCAACCAUUUUUAAGGCGUUCAACAUCAAGACAAGCAUCUAUUUUAGCCAGGGGAGUUAACUCAGAAUGUGUUGUAUGCAUGGAUAACCAGUCUGAUGUCAUAUUUUUAAAGUGUGGACACGUGUGUACUUGUCAGAAAUGCUCAGAACCACUUAAUCAAUGUCCGCUGUGUCGUGGAGAAAUCGUUAGCAGAAUAAAACUGUUGUCCAAUCCAAGAUAGAACUGUAAAAUGCAUGGUAGUGCUUUAAUUAUAACUCAGUCCAUAUUGGACAGAUUUAUAUCUUAGUAUUCUAAAUGUGAUUAUUGAAGUUGUCUUGACUUUUCAAGGAAAGAACUUGUUCAAAGCUUGUUUGUUACGUAUAAGUUUUAUGAUUUUGUCUUUUUCACUAAAGAAUCUGGCAAAAAUAGAAUAUGAGCUGCAAUCAAUCGAAAUUGACCUUAUGCAAGAGCACGGUUACAUGUACAACUUUUAUUAGUUUAAGGAACAUUUAACAUGGUCAAAUACAAUAAAAAGGUGAAUUUUGUUCUGUUUUAUAGCGUUCCAAUUACAACUCAAUUUUCAUACUGUUACAGAUUUUUGAACGAGAUUUUAUUUGAAGCUGAAAUAGAAUAGUAGAUAUAUUGAUAUUAUCUUGAAUAAGGCUGAUUUCUAUCUGACAGAGCCCAUAUAUAUAAAUAUUAAUUGUUAAGUACUAAUUUCAUCUUUUUCUCUGCAAAAUCAAGACAAAGUUAUAAAAUGUUGUGAAAUUUAUAUCAGUUUCAGUCUAUAUUUAUAAAUAAAUUAUUGGCUGUGAAUACAUCUGUUUUAAUGGGUUCCAAUUUUUUGGGAUCCUUGAAAAAUUGUAUAGUCAUGGAUACAUGAUUUUGUUGAUUUCACAGAUUCUAUGUCGACGCCAACAGGAAUUUGUUAGUUCUUUACCCAUGAAAUCAACAAAAUGUAAAUAUCCAACAAAUAACAAUCAAUUUCUAGUGUACAUUGUUGUGAAAUUUAUUUCAUGUUUAUGUCUGUCCAUGUAUUUAUAAAUAUAUUACAAUAAAUGAUCUUGUACUAAAAUUAAUCCUGUGUUGUUAAUGGGUUUUUUUACACUUUAUGCUGAAUGUUAAAUGAAGCUUUAUGUGCAGUUAUUUUGUAUAUUUACAAAUAUUACAAAAAAUAUGACUUAUGACGUUCUUUUAAAUUAUCUUAAGGUGGUACCCAACACCUUCACUAAAAUUAUAUUGGCUCGUUUAAUUUUCAUAAAAUUUUGACGAAGUAUUCACUUUGACCAUUUGAUAAAAAUGUAAAAAAAUUUAAAAAUUGGAACCAGCCAUUUUAUCAGAAAAAUUACGCUGGUUAUAAAGCAUUUUGACAAACGCUAAUUUUUAUCAUUGAAAAGUUUAAUAUUUCCUUAACAACACAACAUAAUUAGAACGUUUAGCUGAUUUUAAAGAGUUAUCUCCCUGUAGUGUUUUAAGUAGUAUGGAAAGUAUUUAUAAGAAUUAGGACUGUAAAUCUACAACUUGUGCACUAGCCUAAAGUUAACCUUGUACUGUGUUGUCUAUUUUUUUAAGACUGUUUUUGUUAUAAUGCUCUGAAAUGUUUUAUAUUUUUGGUCUAGUCACUGCCUGUUAAUGAUAUAAAACUUUAAAAAAAUUUAAACUGAAAUCAGUGUGAUUGAGACGAUUUAGCUACUGUUAUUGUACUUUUUUCACGGUGUAUUUAUUUUCACGAAUUUUGUGGUUGGUUUAUUAUUGCAAAAAUAAAUUCAUGCAAAUCUAAAUCAAACCUUUAACCUGAAAGGCAAUAAUUAUAAAAUCGCAAAAAUAAAUUCCCGCGAACGUGUAUGAAAAACACAAUUCCCGAAAAUAAUUACCUGCGAAAAAACAAGCAAAUACAGUACAUGUAUAUUUAUUCCAACAAUGAGAAAAAAUUUUUAAGAGUUCACCGAUGCCUUUAACACAUUUUGGUACUGGUAACAUUCUAUUAUGCUUUUGAAUUUUAAUCAUUGAAAAAAAUAUUUUAAUCACAUGUUUUAACUACAUUUGUACAAUUCAAAUGUUAUUAAAUGUUUUAUGUGGUGUGAUUCAUUUUAUUCAAGAAUUUCAGUAUUUCUGCAAUUGUGAGAGAUAAAUUGUUAUCUGAAGGAAUAAAAAUCAUGAAAUUAGGAAAAAUUUGACAUCACGUACCGACAGUGAUUGUUUUGCAUAAUGGGUACAUGAUAAUGUCUAAGGUUAUAAAUUAUGGCCAGUAAUUUGGUUAAAAGAUGAUUUCUUGCAGAUGAAGCAAACAUCACAUUUUAGAAAAGCCAAUAUCUUUAA